AUGUCUCCACCACUACCUGACCAGGAUGAGGAUGCAAGUGAUCCACCAGCUCCAACGCCAUCCAUCUCAAGUGCCGACGGAAGACCUUCUUCUUCCGAGACUUUGAUCAGACUGACAGCCGUACAUGCUCCGCGAGGCUGUCUCAACACGCAGAUCUUCAAUCCGCACUUCCGGGGCCAGGGAACAGCCUAUCUCAUGGCUUCAACCGGGCACUCAUUACUGGCAUCCGUCGGCCAAGGGUACCCCGCCGUGCCCGCCAAGCGGAAAAGAGGCGGAGAGAGAGUCCGCGUCACUCGGGCCUGUGACAGAUGCAAGAAGAGGAAAAUCAAAUGCAACGGCGAGCAGCCUUGCGAUUACUGCAAGCGCGUCAAAGUCAGCUGCACCUUCGACGCGGCCUACUCCAGAGGUCGACGUCCCUCCACCAGCCUUCCCCUGGCUGCUGGCGGCAGCAACUCGAUCACGGUGGGGAAUGGGAUCCCUGAUGCCGGCGCACAUGCAGCUGCAGUCUGUCACACCAGCGUCACCUCUCCAGAUUAUCAUGCUGGGCCUAACUCAGGGUUCGGCGGCGAUGCGCCGUCAUCACAGAGUUCCCCGGAGCCUGCGCAAACCGACUUGCAGGGCCACUAUGUUGGGCCUACGUCUGGCGUCUCGUUCUUGCUGAGGGUGCAGAAGCGCCUCCAUCAGGCAAUCUCGUUCUCGGACGAUGGCAACAUCUUCACAUUCGGCGAUGCUCCCUUGCAAGUCCCGACGUUCGACCCAAGCUUCUGCAUGAUGCUGCCGAGGGAUGACGCACAACAUCUGGUCGACCGUUACUUCGACUUCGCCAUGCCAACAUACCGUUUUCUCCACCGGCCGACGGUACAGGAGUGGUUUGACGAGUUCUACGAUACCCUCGGUAUCAUGUGCGACACACAAAACGCUCCGGCAAAAAUUGCUUUGCUGUUUACUGUGUUCGCUCUGGCUAGGGUGUACAUGCCCGAGAACGAUAGGCCAGGACCGCCAGACUUGAGUACACGGUACUUCCUUGCAGCAGACCAACAGCUUACAAGGGAACGAGGAUCGAUCCGCCUGACCAGCGUUCAAGUCCGGCUGACUCAAUGCUGUUACCUACUUACACAAUCCCGUAUCAACCAUUGCUGGAGCCUAUUUGGAACUGUGUCACGUCUGGCGCUGGCCCUUGGUCUCAACAGGAGUCGACGUGCCGAUGCGGCAAGCGGCUCCGGCAUCGUGGAAUCCGAAUCUCGACGUCGAACAUUCUGGUGUGCCUACACUCUGGACGCUUAUCUCAGUGUUACUCUUGGUCGGCCCAGGUCGUUCCACGACGAUGACAUCGAUGUGGAAUACCCGGCCUGCAUUGAUGACCACGAACUUACUGCCGACCUCGUCUCCACAGCAAGCUCUCACAAAGGCUUCUCGACAAUGCUUGCUCCGCUGGCGCAUAUAAAACUUGCCCGUAUCAUUGGGAGAAUUGUCCGCGAUCUCUACUCCAUUAAGCCAAUCUCAUCCAGUCGGCGGUCACUGCUUACGGAGAGGGUAUCCAAAGAUCUGAGCGACUGGCGGGUUGAGCUCUCACGCUUCUUGGACGCGGACUUUUCUAAAGCACCACUGUGCAUUCCUCUUUAUCAAAGACAACGGAACGUCUUGAACUUUACAUACUGGCAUGCCAUAAUCCUCACCUAUCGGCCAUUUCUCCUCAGUAACUUUGCACGGAGUUCACGGCGCAACAGCGGUGGUAGCGCCAGUAGUGAGAAUAUUGACACCGAGGAGUGUGUCCGGCAAUGUCUUGGCGCGGCUAUGAAUACGGUGAAGACGAUUGACGAGAUUUCAGAAACACAGAAGAUGUACCGCGCUUUCUGGAUCACAGCAUACUUUGCCUUCACCGCAACCAUUGUGCUGUACAUAUACGUGAUCCAAAAGCGAGCUUCACCCCCUGAAGUCUACAGUGCAUAUUUCGCAGCAGCCACCCAGUGCCAGUCUCGCAUCUCGGUCAUGGCCGAGAAAGGAUCCUUGCCAGAGCGCUAUUGUCUUGUCUUGGAGGAGCUACGCAUCGAGGCGCUGCGGCAGGCCAGGCGGAUGAACCCAUCGCUUGCAGCUUUGGAUGGAACAGACCACAGUAAUGUCCUUGGUGGAUUCGCAACAGUAGCAACGUCAAUGCCAAUGAAUGGGGGUGGAGAUGUCAACGACGUUGGUAACUACGCCGACCUGCUGGGAGACGGCACCAACAUAGAUUUUAACAACAUCCCGAGCUCAACCAUGUCCGACUCGCCAGACUGGGGCCACUUUGCUUCGAUGGUCUCAUCGGGGUUGGGCAACCUGGAUCUGUUCCUCGAAGAUGACGGGUUUAGGUUUUGA